AUGUCGAAACUUAACCCUCUCCACUGGUCACGGAAAUGGCAAAUUAUUGGCGGUCUCGGAGCCACAGCAGUCAUUGUCGCCGUGAUAGUGGGAGCUGUCGUAGGCACAGAAGACUCAGGCUCCAGCUCAUAUCCCGAUUACAGCUCGUUGAACUACACAAUUUCUGAGCGCAUGAAUGGAACGACAUUCUUCGACCACUUCGACUACUACGACCAAGCUGAUCCGAGUAGCGGCUCGGUCGUUUAUCUUUCUCAAGAGUCGGCGGCCUACAGUAAUCUUACAUAUGCUGGAGCGUCGUCGGCCAUCCUCAGAGUGGACAGUACAAACUCGGGUACUACAGACAGAAACUCUGUGCGCAUCACGUCCAAGAAUCAAUGGGAUACUGGACUUUUUGUGUUCGAUGUCAUCCAUUCCCCAUAUGGCUGCGGUACAUGGCCUGCUGUGUGGCUGUCCGACCCCAACAACUGGCCUGAACAUGGAGAGAUUGAUGUUAUCGAGGCUGUUGAGCAAGGAAACAAGGGAAAUCAGAUGACACUGCACACCUCCAAGGGCUGCACAAUGAAGACGAAGCGUGAAGAGACUGGCACAGUGUCUGGCACGAAUUGCUGGAACUCGACAAACGAGAAUGAAGGAUGCGGCGUUUUUGGCCCCAAGAGCAGUUACGGAGCAGCCUUAAAUGAGGCAGGUGGUGCAGUGAGUUGUUCUCUGGUAUCAUGUUUGCCUCCGGGUACUAACAUCUCGAACAGNCUUUUUGCUAUGGAACUUCGCGAUGCAGGUAUUCGCAUGUGGACUUUCAGCCGCUCAAAUCCACCCUCAGACCUUCUCUCUACCAAUGAUUCCUCCCCUGAUCCAUCACAAUGGGGAACUCCUGUCGCCGACUUCCCCAGCACUGAUUGUGAAAUCUCUUCUCAUUUCAAAAAUCAGUCCAUCAUCGCAAACAUCGACUUAUGUGGUAGUUGGGCAGGCGCAACCAGUGUGUAUUCGAAAGAAUACGGCUGUCCGGGCACUUGUGCAGAUCUUGUCAAGAACAACGCCACUGCGUUUGAGAAUGCGUAUUGGGAGUUUGGAAGCUUCAGAGUAUGGACGGCUUCAUAG